AUGGCCAAAAUGGAACUAGUCCGUCUCGAAAGCACGAAGUACGUGCCCAACUCGACUUUCCCUGUCAUAAUCUACCGGAAUGUUCUUCCAGUCCCGGACGAUCAGGAUGCGGUAAAAGCACUUUUGAAUGGUAAUGGAUUUCGGGUCGACGGUUUCUUCGGGCCUUACGGCCUCAGACAUUAUCACUCCAACACUCAUGAAACAUACGCCUUUACCGCCGGUCAAAGCACCAUUAUACUCGGUCGCAGUGAGAGCCCGGAUGACGAGAAUGGAACUGAGAUACAGGUUUCCAAGGGCGAUGUGUUGAUAAUCCCAGCUGGUACAGCACACUGUAAUAAGACAUCAAGCGAUGAUUUCCUAUAUGCGGCCAGUUAUCCAAAGGUGAGUUAG